AUGUUUAAAUUAGUCGCAAGAUCUACAAGUUCAAUCACAGCAAGAAGCGCUUCUACUCAAAGAUUAGCAUUGGUCCAGUCGGUAUGCAGCGUUAGAAAUAUCAAUACAAGCCAUAGGAAACCAAAUCAAGACGCGGAAGAGGCUAAAGAGCAGAAACUAUUCGAUAAGAACAAAAAGAGAUUGGAUAAGAUGGAACACGAUAAAACGUACCAGGAGGUCAAGCAACCUGAUUGUGAUGUCUUGAGAAAGAGAGGUGAUGAUGCCAGGAUUGAACAGAACAGGCCAGAUGACGGGAACUAUUAG